AUGGACUACGCUGCGCAGAGCCACCUGCCAAGCGACGCCUACAUGCAGCUGCACUUUGUUGGGGGAGAGGCGGAGGCGGAGGACACCGCGUACGCUGAGCAGCUGACACGGCGCAUCGACCAGUCUCCCAGGCGGCAGAUGGCGCUGCUGCGGCCCGGGCCCUUGUCGCCGCCGGACCGCCGCCGCGACGUCUCCAGCUGCCGCGGGGACGACGACAUCGUGGGCGGCGUCUACUACCGCGCCGACGGGACGAGCCUGCACGGCUCCCACGGCCGUGGCGGCGGCGCCGAGCGCCCCUUCCUGCACGGGGUGUUGCCUCUCCGUCCCAUGGAGGAGGAGGAGCGCCGCUACAGGGACGACGACGAGCUGGCGCUCUCCCUCGACCAGCCGCCGCCUGGCAAACUGCCACCGCCACCGCCACCGCCGCCCGGUAAACUGCCACCACCGCCACCUCCUCCUCCUCCACCGGCACCUUCUCAGGUUGCUUGUGUUGAUGUGCCGACUGUCGCCUUGCCAGGAGAAGUGCUUAGUGCGCCUUCCAAACCCAUCUAUGUUGGACCCAAACUAAAGACAUUUUUUUGGAAGAAAGUUCCAAGGCCUUCCGGUGUGUGGAGUUUUGUGAACGAUGUUUCUGUGGAGACGAUGAUUGACGAGCCUUUUUUGCUGGCGAUGUUUGAAGUCCGUAAGAGGGCAGCACCACUCUCGACGUCGAGCGGGGAGUCAAAAGAACCUAACAAAAAGGAACUUCGCAAGAGCAGUGCAUUUAGUGCGCAGCGGCAGCAGAACAUUGCCAUCUUGCUAAAGCAGAUGAAGUUGCCGGUGGACGAGAUGUGUCGCGCUCUUAUUGAGUGCGAUGCUGCGGUGCUUCCAUCGGAGAAGCUGGAGUUGGUUUUUGGCGCUCUUCCCACGUCGGCGGAGAUGGAAUUGCUCCGCAUGGAAGAGGCUUCUGGGGAAGUGUGCUGGACAGAAGUUGAGGAAUACGUAUAUACGGUGUGUGUUACCGUGGCUGACGCGCGUGAGCGCAUUUCACUUUUGUUGUCGGCUGAGCAGAUGGAGGAGCUUGUGGCCUUCACGGAGGAACGCCUCGACAUGCUGGAGAGGGCCGUGGCGCUGCUGACGAGCAAGACCUCGAAGCUUGCGGCUGUGCUGCACGCUGUGUUGGCCCUUGGGAAUUUCAUGAACCGUGGCAGCGCCCACGCCGGGGCGGUCGGAUUCCGCCUUGAGAGCUUGAGCCAAAUGAACUUUGUCAAGGCGGUGGACGGGAGAACGACCAUGUUGGAGGUGUUUGUCGUCUCGCUGAUGGACCGACGACCGGAUCUUUUGCAGUUUGUGGGGGAGCUAGACUGCCUUGCCCCGCUCGCCGGCACCACCGUGCAGGAGGUGGGCCGCGGCCUGUCCCAGCUCAGUCUCACCCUGCAGAAGAUGCGGCGCGCCGUUGAGGAGCCGAGGCGGCCGGAGAUGCAAAAGAAGCGCGCGGUGCCGUUGCCGGAGGGUGUGGUAGACGUCUUCCAGGAGCGGAUGGCGCGGCACGUGCAGCAGCACCUCGCGGUCGUCGCGGAGCUCGCCCUUCGUCAUCAGCGCCUGAAGGACGACGUCGCGGCAAUGCUGGAAGGCUACGGGGAGGAUCCCAUGCUGGAUGAGACUGUGCUGUGGGACUACGUCCUGCAGUUUGGCAAGGAUGUAGCGAGCUUCUGCAAACGCGCGGAGAUGGAAGGGAUAGACAAGCGGACGUUACUGGCGGCAGUGGGACCGUCUCCCAUUGACGCUGGUGCAACGACGCUAAAUGGAGGGAGGACAGACGGCGGUGCUGCGGACCGGAGUGUCAAUGGUCGCAGCAGCAGCAGCAGCAGCAGCAGCAACGGCAGCAGCAGUCCGCAGUGA